UCCAGAUGGAAAAUGCUUUUCUUUUCUCGUUGUGUUUGAGUAGUCUAUUUUAUAGGACUUACAGCGCAAAAAUGUCAAUGUUCUUUAUGCGUGCCCAAAUGGUGCCUAUGCAACUUUGAAGAUUUUUAGACGUUUUACUGUAUGAAAGAUGAACGCAUCUCAGGAGAUUCACUUCUCCCCCACCUGGAAAGUUGAGUCGGUAAUAAUUUCUGUCAUUUUCUCUAUCAUAUUUUUGGUUGGUACUGUGGGGAACUGUCUUGUGCUCGCAGUUCUCAUCCGCAACGGCCAGAUGAACACAAAGAGCACCAACCUGUUCAUCCUGAACCUCGGGCUGGCGGACCUCUGCUUCAUCGUCUUCUGCGUGCCUUUCCAGGCUACCAUCUACACCAUGGAUGAGUGGGUAUUUGGACCCUUCAUGUGCAAAGCUGUGCACUUUAUCAUCUACCUGACCAUGUACGCGAGCAUCUUUACUCUGACAGCUGUGUCUCUGGACAGAUAUCUCGCCAUUCGGUACCCCUUGCGCUCAAGAGAGACGAGAACACCCCGUAAUGCUCUGACCUCAAUUAGCCUUGUGUGGGCUCUAUCACUGUUCUUCUCCAGUCCUUAUCUCAGCUACUACCAGCAGAUGGAUCUAGACGGGACCACGGUUUGCAUCCCGACGUGGAACAUCCAUCAUCGUCGAGUCAUGGACGUCUGCACCUUCAUAUUCGGCUACCUCAUCCCAGUCCUCAUUCUCGGCAUCACGUACGCCCGCACCAUUCGCUACCUGUGGACCUCCGUGGACCCCAUGCAGGACAUGUCGGAAUCCCGCAAGGCCAAGCGCAAGGUGACCAAGAUGAUAAUCAUUGUGGCUGUGCUCUUCUGUUUAUGUUGGUUGCCACAUCACCUGGUUAUCUUGUGCAUGUUGUUCGGCCACUUCCCGCUCAACCACACAACCUACGUCAUCCGCAUUCUCUCUCACCUGGUGGCGUACACCAACUCCUGCCUGAACCCCAUCGUGUACGCCCUGGUGUCUAAGCAUUUCCGCAAGGGCUUCAAGAAGGUGUUUGGCUGUGCGUUCCCUAACCGGGUCGCAAACCGGAUCCACAACGUGCAGCCGGCACAGACGGUAAGCCUGAUGGAAGCUGCCACGUGUGAAGGAUCCAAUCAUAGUGACGGGUCAACCCGGGGUCGUCUCUGGAGCAAAAGUAGCAAGAAGAUGAUGACAAGUGCCUUCAUGACAUUUAAUGUGACAUAAUCCACUUACACUCUCACCCGCUGUCAAAUCAGUGCUCACCAAAGUAUAAAACUCUUCUUUUCCGGUGGCUUUUAACAGCAUUUGCGCUGUGAUUACAUAACAAAAGUUGUCAGGCACAGGUUGUCAGGUAGAGAGGAAGCAGUGCUUUUUGUGUUCUCGAUGAGGACAGUGACUGAUGUUUAAAAUGUAAAAUCUCUCGUGUCUGUGUUUUGUCAAUGUUGGCAGCUUUCGUCACUGUGCUAUGUGUUUUGUGACUGUGACUCAUAGUAAGGUUUUCCGGAGGUACGAAUAGAUUCAAUUAUCAGAGAAAAGUACCGGCAUCAAUUUGUUUGGUUCAAACGUUCACAUGGCAAACUUUUGAUCAUAUUGGAACAUAUUUUUUUGAAUUUAUGUCACCUUAAUACAGUAUUCAUCUGCCAUUCUCAUCUCCUUUUGGGUUAUUGCUACACAGGAUCUGCUGUAUGGGU